CGGCAAGUGGUGAAUCGAACGCGGAUUUGAGCUGCAGCAAUCCGACGUGGCAGUAAUACGACACGUGUCAAAAGUCUAUAUGAGAGGAAGACAGCGUCUUGACGAAGUUGUUCCCUGAUGAAGUCAGGUCAACCUGUUUAUGCUCCUUUUAAAGAAUCCACUCCACUCCAUUCUUUGCUUCUCCUCAUCGCUCUUUGUUCUUCGAACUGAACUGAAUCAACAAAGAGCCAAACCCAAACUCAACUCAUAUCACAUCACAGGUCCGAUGGAGUUCUUAUAAUUUGAUUUGCACAUCUUCCUCUUCUUCUUCUUCAUCACCAUCAUCAUCAUCAUCAUCACUAAUUUGUAGUACCCAGUUAGCUGUUUUUUUCUGGAAGAAGAAGAAGAGAAAAUUGAGUAACAACCAUUAGUGUUAUCAUCAGAUAUGUCCAAGUAUUUCAGGUUCGACCCCACUGAUGCUGAGCUAAUUGAACACUUGAAGCUCAAGACUCAGGGAAUAGAAUCCGAACUCGAUCAUUUCAUUGCCGAGAUCAAUGUCCACAAGUGGGAGCCUUGGGAACUACCCGCUAAAUCAAAGUUGAAGUCGGAUAUUAAGGAGUGGUGGUUCUUGUGCCCCCUGGAUUAUAAGUGCUUGAAAAGUAGUAAGCAAGUAAAAAGGAGCACCAAAACCGGGUACUGGAAGAGAACAGGCGAAGAACGCAAAACCAAAGGUUGCGUUGGAAUGAAGAGGAAUUUAGUCUUCUACAGAGGUCGUCAACGCACCGAUUGGGUCAUCCAUGAAUAUUAUCAUCCUCAACCCCAUGUUAAACGUCAAGACCAGAAGCCAACCUGUGUUAUUUGCCGCUUGAUGUACGAUCCCCAGAGGAAGGGGCGGAAUUCAGAUGCUCCAGACUUUGAGGAUGGUGAACCAAGUGGCAAUAUCACUACUGCUAUUGAGAGUUCAGUAGCAUCUGCUGAAUCUCCAGAGGAACAUGGUCACGAUGAAGUGAACCAUCAACCGAUCUUACCAAUGCUCUCAGUAGAUGCCAGCAUCACAGAGCAGGCGUUGGGAUUCAUGCUAGACAACGAUAUGCAAGUUCCAUAUGGAGAAAAUUUUGAAAUAAGUGGCAAAACCACUUCUUUUCCUGAAAAUCCAUUAGCAUUUGCUGAUAAUAACCCAUCGGUAAAAUGGGAUGAUGGCAUAAGUCUGUCUGAUUUGGAAAAUCCAAUAUCACCUGUUGUAAGUCCGUCGGUGCAAGCUCCAUCUGGAGCUGCAGAUGAAUCAAACGAGCAUUAUCCAGCAUUGUUAGAUUCCAACUUCAUGGAGCAGCCGUGGAUUUUUCCGCUUGAUGAGGAGAUGCAAGCUCCAUCUGGAGCUGCAGAUGAAUCAAACGAGUAUUAUGAGGAAUUGCCAGAUUUGUGUGUUGUUAAUCCCAAAGAAAAGGACUACGGGGAAACAACAGACUAUCUUCACAAUACCUCCAGUAAUGAAUUAGUAUGGUCGUCUCUUGAUGGUCAAUUUACCAGUGACACGCACACUGAAGAAGUCAAUGAACAGGUAGAGGGACAUGUUCAUUGGCUAUUGGACGGUUAAUCCAAUAGCUAAUGAACACUGUAGGAGAAUAUCACUAGUAAAUUUUGUAAUAAUGAUUCGCAUUAUUACAGAAAACAGUAAAACGAUAUUCUUCUAUGGACCUUUUUUUUUCUGUCCUCUUUCUUAGUUCAUUUUCUUAGCCUCCAAAAUAGCAGGAACAUUUUAUUGUUUACAAACUCAAAAAUGAAAACCUAGUCAACCAAGGCUUACAAAGCCAUAUUUCCUUACAAUCCCCCUCUUCAAUUCCUUAUCCUCUUCAAAAACCUACAGUCAAACAAAACAUCAGUGUUUGAACCUACAUCUCGUAUAGCCAGCACUAUCAAAACCAACUUAUCAACCAAAACAUCUUUGAGAUUUGUCUGAACAGUAUGCCUGCUUAUCAGCCACUACAUUAUCUUCUCUAGUUACGAUUGUGUUAAACAAGGUACUCCCUUGAAAACAAAAUUGGAAUGCUGGUCCUUGCUUACGGACCAAGGUUUGAUCCCAACCAAAUAUGUGUCCGACCCUUUGCUCUAGCAUUGUGAGCUGGCCAUAUGACCCCUUCCUUAGAGCUUAGCGUGAAAAACUAGCAUGGCUAAGUCGUCCAGAAGAGGCACCAUCCACAUCUAUGUUAACCUUAGAUGGGAAAAAAAAUUGCCUCGUGAUGACUUUGAUAAUCCAUGUUUAGUAACAUCUGCUUAUAGCUCUCCAAUCCUUUCGUUAUCAUUUGUUCAUGCUAGUUGUUGGACAUCUAGUCAACUUCAUAGGUACUAUCAUCCAAAGUGAAUGCCGUAAAAAAAUUCUGAAUUUCUUGUACUAUGUCCUAAGACCAUUAUAAUACAGUAAUAGCAGUUUUCUGAAGAGUUGCCCCGAGUAAAUAGCAGUCGAGAUUUGCCUGAGAAGGCUCAGAAAUUCAAUUCCCAAUUGAAGAGUAAGAGUGUUCUGUGAAUAAAGGAGAGGUUGAUUCCUAAGUAUAGCCUACAUGAGAAGCCAGAUGAGCAUCCCCUUGCCUCAGUCGAAUAUUCAUGAAAUGUUCUUUAAGGAAUUGGAGAUGUCUCAGGUGGAACAUGGGACUGUCAGAGGUUCUUUUCUUCUUAGUGUCAAAGAUCCAGCCGCAGAUCCUGUGCGGCAAUGUGUGGAAAGUGGAAAUGAGGCCAAAGAAGCUUCAAAACACCCUGGUUUCUGUUGACUGUUCCUGAAAGGUUCAAAGCAGCAAGUUGGAGAAGCACUUGAAUUCAGCAAGGUGCGAGUCGGCAAUCAGAAGGUGGAAGAGUUUCUUCACUUUGUGGAAGCAUCAUCUUACUUGAUCUGUAGUUCUACUGCACUAUUGGAAUAUACUUAUUCCAGGGCUUAGUUUGGUUCCUGCAAAUGCAAUGGUGUUUGCUGAAGCUGGUACUAUAACACAGCAAAACAAUGAUUUACUUUCUUUGAUAUCUUUUUUUUAUUAGUCUUAAGUUCAAGGGUAUUACAAUGCUCCUCUUAUUGGGGUAUAGGAAUGUGACAUUUCAUCACCACCAUACCUGGUGUUAAAUCCUACUAAAUGUAUGUAAAUUAUUAUUUGCUUAUGUCAUCUUUCGUAUC